GAUCCGUCUGCUGUGAGGUCUGUUUGUGCGAUGGAUCUGUGAGGUCUGUUUGUGCGAUGGAUCCAUGUAGCAGCGGCUUGACGAGCGGCCGCGCGGCGCGUACUGCCGAGGAGGAGAGGCAGCCCAGCGCGGAGGUGGACCAAGAGGUGGACGGGCAGAGCCAACACACAGGAACGGGCCAGCAGGUGGGCAAACAAGAACAUAAUACCGGGAAGAAACUCGUGCGCAUGCGUUCCACAUGCAUGUGCUACGUCCUUGUAGGUGAACGCGGAAGGAGAUCAUUCCAUCUACAUCCCCCUCAGCGAGCUCCCCAUGACAUUUACACCGAGCGCUGCUGAAUCAUCGCCUGCAGGGACGUCAGCAGUAGAUUCGGAGAGCCUCCCUGAUGACGACAUGGCUCAAGAGCCGGCAGCCACUCCCCCGGGAGCCGACAAGGUCACUUUCAGCUUCAAGCCUGCCGACGAUAUCGACGCUUUGGAGGACGGCCUCUUCUCUGACGACAUGCAGACGUACAUGGCGUCGGCACAAGGCGUCACGGCCAGCGUCGGCGAGCUGCCGGUCCUGAGACUCAACCCCAAGAGCCCUGAGUUCGUCAAGCGUGUCGCCUCUCGCUUGGCAAAGGAUCGGGAGGCCUUCCGUCGCAUCCUGGCGCGUCUGGUGGAUGACACCAACAAGGAGUGUCAGGUGGCCACUGCCGACAUGCUCUACCGCCUCGUCUGCGAGGGCCUGCUGUCGUUGGUGGCCCCGUCGGACCUCAUCCAUAUGGUGGAGGCGAUCUGGGCGGUUGUGGGGGUGGACUUGGCGAGCAAGGGGGUGUUGGUCGAGUUCCGCGGUGAGGUCAAGAGCCUUGUCGCCUUCCAGCUCAUCGAGACGCUGCCGACAGACAAGCCCUUGGCCCCUGUGGACGUGGUGGCCUAUGCUAGAGUGUUUGUGAUGCGAUGCGGGCUCGAGUCGGCACUCAAGGUCGCCCCUGACGCGGCCACCGAGCUACAAAACGGCUUCCUGAUGAACAACAAGGCCACCAUUCGCCACUUGCUCGAUAUCACGCGGAACAGCAAACAGAUAGGAGUGGCGUCUGAGGCUGCGGCACUGCUCAUGAAGCUGUACGCCACAAAGCCCAGCGCCCCCGCCGCCACAGCAGUGGAGCUGUGCAGCAUGUUCGUCAAGAGUCUGCAGCUGCCGUGGAACGGGCAGGCCGAGCAGCCAGAGGGCGUAGCUAGCCUGUUUACGGUGCUUCUGGAAGCCACACAGCUCUGGAGCACAGGUAGGGCUAUCCGUGAGACAGCGAUUGAUGGACCGGUGGAUGUGUCCAUGCGCGUUGGACAGGCAAGGAGGAGUGGUCUGUGGUGAGGAGUGCGCUGGGUUCCCACGUCUACUUGCACUUUGAUGGCCUCGUCGACCUCAUCACGCGGUGUGACCCAUCGACGUACACGCGCUGGGCGGCCAGCCUCACCCUGGGCACCUUCAUCUACGCUUCCCUCUUGCUCUGCACCAAGAAGAGGAAGGGUAUGUGAAUGCAACCAACCCACACACAGCCUGGCCUGGUCUCUUGUACCAUCUCAAUGUUUAUGCCGCAUGCACCGCAGGAAACGACAAUGCGGCAGUCGCCACAAUUUUCGAGAUUGAGCACCAGGGUGUGGACAAGGUGCUUGCUUCCGCCCCAAUGCCGAUGGAGCCGCUUCGUCGUCUGGUGCUGGAUACAGCGGCCAGGGAGGGGGUGCUGGCUGCUGCCAGCCUCGACAAUGCGCAUGAGGCGGCCGGAACGCUGAUCGCGAUUUCCUUGCUGAUCCCGGCCCGUCAGAUGAUAGGUCAGUCAGCCACACCACACCACACCACACCACACCACAUCGUCCUGUCCACACGCUGUGUGUAUGUGUGAAUGUGCAGAUGUGGGGAAGGCCGCCAGCUUGAUAGAGUCGGGAUUUCCGUCGACGCUGGUUGCUCUUUUGGACAUCUGCGAGUGCAUCAAGCUCAGCGUGACACUGUGUCUGAUCUGCCUCAAGUCCCUGGUCGCAAGAGAUCGAAAGGUCAGCUCAGCUCAGCUCAGCAGCCAGCCCUGUAGCUACCACAUCCGCCCUUCAUCACAUCGACCUUGUGGCGUGUGUGUAUAGGUGUCAGAGACGGAUGGGCUCGCGAAGGCCCUGUGUGGUGUGCUGCCCAAGGAAGCCCGUGGACAGCUCAUCUACCCCCUCAAAAGCGCAGCCUUCUUUCGCGACGAUGAUCACGCGUCCGCUAUCAACAUACUCAAGGGCCUCGUCAGGUAUGAACAGACAGACGAGAGCUAUGAGGCAUUUGUGUGUACCCGCUUUUUGUUUGCGGCUAUGGCAGGUCGCUGGUCGGCAAAACAGGGCACAAUCCCUUCACACGCCAGAUACUGCAGGUAGCACUGUUGCAAUAUGAGCAUCCACAUCAACGAGCUGAGCUCAAUCCACUUGCCUGUAUCCAUCAGCUGGAGUCAGUCAGGACGAUGCGCGACCCCAAGAGCAACCUCAAAAUAUCGCCAAAGGUAGGUGAGGGAGGACGCACACACCGUACCAUGCACCACACCAUGCCCAUCACCCAGCUAUAGAUAUCGCCUGCCAUGACUGUCUGCAGGUGGCGGCCUUCUUCGACUCGCUGGCACAGCAGGACAAGAGGGACAAGAGGGACAGCAAGAGCAAGGCGACUCAGCCGUCCAUGUCGGAUGCCCAGCUCGUGUCCAGGGACAGAGAGGCGCAGCGAAAAGCAGACGAGCUUAUCGAGGAGGAGCGGCGCGAGAAGGCAACCAAGACCAAGAAAAACAACAACGACAAAGCCAAAAAGGGCAAGGCCCCCGAGUCGGCAAUGGAGCCGUCAGGGCCCUCACCAACGGCCGCAUCGACCAGGUGGGAAGGAGAGCCACACGCAUCACCACCACAGACCUCACGCAACAUCUUUCUUCAAUCCGUGUGUCUGUUGUGCGCAGGUCGUCGUCUGCGGUAGUGGAGGAGGACGUGGAGCCGCCUACUGCCUCCUCAUCCAUUGCCGACACGUGAGCAAUCAACCAAUCCACUUGACGCGAUGUACGCCACACCUUCAUGGCAUGUGUCACGACCGCUGCCGCAGGUCGGUUCCGUCGGUUGCACCUGCAGCGGAUGGGGGGCAGCGAGAGCGAUUGAUCGAGCCGACAGCGAAUGAGGAGAGCGACGACAACAACGGCGACAGUGACGACAUGCUCAUCAAGUCGGCGUUCGGCCAGCAUGCACGACAGAAGACCUCCGACAGCCACAAGGCCAAGAGCGGCAGACCGGGCUUUCUUAAGGAAGGGGUUGCACCCACCCCUCACCCGCUGCCGCUGCCCCCGUCCCGCCCCUCCAUCACGGCCACUGAGAAGGGGCAGCGUCGUCGCGGCAAUCUUCGCCUACCCACGGCCUCUUCGUCCCUCCCUGCGACGGAGCACCAGAACCACCGCACCAACACCAGCACCAACAAGAAACAAAUGGCGGCCCCUCCUCGAUUCGGGCAAGGUGCGCUGGCUCCAUUCGCCAAGGGGAUGAUCACGCCCAAGCCACCACAUGGCAGUGGGAGUGGAUUGAUGGCUCGCGGACCACCUGCCGUCCCGAAGCGCCCCUCUCCACCACCUGUGUCCGUGGAGAGCGGUGGUGGUGGUGCGGGCAGCUGCCUGAUGUCGCUGUUUAGUGACGAGUCGCAUCCGCCUCCCCGACCCCUCUCCCCUCCCCCUUGCCCCACCCUCCCGUCACCCCAAGAGCUGAAGACAGUCAACACCGCCGGGCUCGCCGACCAGCAGCAGCAGCAGCAGCAGAAAGCAUUCGAAGACGAGUGGCCGAGGUGAGAUGGGUUGUGGCGGGCAUUCAUAUGUACGGUGUGAUCACCGUUCCGUCCGUUUUGAUCUGUCUGUCUGUCUGUCUGCAGUCUCUCUGCUUCUUAUUCGUCGGCCGAUCCAGCACCGUCGUCAUCGCAGCCACCGGCCAAUCCCCAGUACGUGAGACAAAGUAGACAGGUGCAUCGCAUGAAGUGCGGUAUUCAUCUUUCCGUGUCUAUGCAGUUCCUCCCAUGCUGUGGAUCGUCCUUCCCCCGUGAGCCAAGAUGGCCCAUUCAGCAGCGACCUCGAUGGCAUCCCUCCGCUGCCACCGGAUCCUCCCCCUCCUCUCUCCCCGCCUGGCUCAACCGCCCCUCUUCCCCUGCUAUCGCCCUUGCGUGGCUCUCCUGAUGUCCCUGCCGCUGCUGCUGCCGUUGCUGGGGGGCCGUCGUCUUCGUCGGCCGACCCGUUCCAUGACGACGACGACAAUGAUGGCGGUGAUGACGAUGACAUGCAUGUGCCUCCCCCGCCGCCAAUAUUCGAAUGGGAAGAGGAUGAGGACAGCGGCUACCAUCCCCCAGCACCAGCAGCGCCAGCAGCAGCAGCGACAUCAUCGAGUAGUGCAUCCAUCCCGUCUGCUGCCAAUGGGUGAGUGGGUGAACACGGCACAGAGAGGUGCCAGGGGGGGAGUCAAUCGUGUGUGUGCUGUGUGUCUGCAGGUCUUCCGAGGGCCAGGUAGAUAUGUACCACUUGAUGCUGCAGAUGCAGCUCGAAAUGCAAGCCAUGAGACAACAGUGAGCCAGCCGAGAGGCAGCCACCAAACGAACCAAAUGCCAGCCUUCUCCUUCGUUUCCCAUUUCAGGCUCGCCCAGAUGAGCGGCCAGCAGUCGUCGCAGCAGCCCCCAUCCAGCAGCUCGUCGGCUCCUCCACCCCCUGCCCCUGCCCCUGCCCCACCCACCACUCAGUCUCAGCCAAGCGGCCAGUGCUGCGCGUGUUACGGCGAGCACGGCCCGGGCAGCUUCGGCUUCGUCCCCUGCAGGCAUCUCUGUUUGUGCGCGCAUUGUCACCAGCAGUACAAGGCCCGUCACGACCAGAAGGUGGCGCGGGUGCAGCAGCGCAACCGCACCAGGGGCAAGAAGGACAAGCCGCUGCCGCUGCCGCAGUACCGAUGUCCCUACUGCAAUGGCGAUGCGGUGCACUCGGACACGCUCCCCAACCUCCGCCAGUGGGUGGAGCAGAUUCACACGAUCGACGAGGAUGACGAGGGAUGAGUUGACCGGUGGAUGGACGGUGGGCUGCGGGUGGUCUGGGGCGCGGUUUUAAGUGUUGGGUGCUGUUGUGGAGUAUCGGCUAUAGGUGUCCAUCAUCCAUCCAUUACGCCGUGACCGUUUUUGUCUUGCCGUGCAUUGCUCUAUACACAUUCCAUCGAUUUCAUCACUCACUGCAUAGCCAUUCAGGCCUAUCUAUCUAUGUGUCUAUCUAAGUAUGUUUGUGUGUAUGUGUGUAUAUAGCCAGGUCUGUCUUCCGUGCUCGCACCUACUCGCUGUUCGUGUCGUGUGCAUGUCAUGUGCACAUUUGUCUAGCUCGGCUCGGCUCGGUCGCAUCGCAGCGGCGCAAACGGGUUGAUGGAUGGAUGGAUGGAUGGCGGACAGAUAUUAUUGGAUGAGGACACGUACGUGAGUGAAGCGACAAAUUGACACGAACGAACAUCUAAGCCUGCCGUGUGCCUUGCGUGGGAUGCUUCUCUG